AUGUCGGACUGGGAUACUGUUACCAAGAUUGGCAGCAAGGUUCGUGGCGGCGCCGCCGGACCCCGCGAGACUACCAUCAAGGGCCGUUCGCAAUUGAACGCCGCACAACGGUCCGGGGCCAUCCUCGGCACUGAAAAGAAGUACACAACUGGCAACAUUAGCGCCAAGGCCGGUGCCCCAGAAGGCCAACACCUCACCAAGGUCGACCGCAGUGACGACAUCAUCAAGCCCAAGACAGUCGGUACCCAGGUCGCCGAUGCCAUUAAGAAGCGCCGUAACGAUGAGGGAUACAAGAUGACCCAAAAGGAGCUGGCCACCAAGUGCAACACCACCGUCACGGUCAUUCAAGAUUUCGAGCGGGGCACCGCCACUCCUGAUCAGAAGGUCCUCUCAGCAAUGGAACGAGUCCUCAACGUCAAGCUUCGCGGUUCCGACAUAGGGGCGGAGAAGUUCCCCAAGAAAAAAUAG